AUGCGACUGACUGCUGAGGAGCUCAGUGCUGAACCUAGCAUCCAGCGGCUGAUGAAUUCCUGCAAGAGCUCCAACAUCCAGCGCAGCCACUGGUGGUUGCGAGGCGGCUCCGCCCAGUUCUGCAAAGACGCAGCUGCUCUGAGGGAGGGGGGAGUAGGGGCGCAACCAAGUGGCCGACCGACCCCCACCGCAGCCCUCUCUCUCUCUCUUUCUCUCUCUCUCGCCUACAGAGCCCAACCACCUUGCCCAGGCGGGGGUGGCGCCUGGCCAGCCCAGCCCCCUCCCGGGCGGACACCUGACACUGGGGCUGCUCUCGAGCCUCGAGAUCUCGCUCCUUGGGACCUCCGGUGGAGAGCAGUUGGGCAGAAGUCGGCACGGGCCGACAAUUCAGCGAACGCCAGAGAAGCUCCCGAAACACACGAACGAGACACAACAGUGACCUCUGAGACAGGCCACACCGCCGAUGCCCCUCCGGCCCGAUGCCCCUUUUCCCCAUCUCCCCAUCUAAGCGUCCCUGCCCGGUCUCCUUUGCUGGGCUCAGCCCCGCCCGUGCCUGCCCAGGCUUCCAACGGGCUGCACUCGGGCCUCUCGCGGGCCCUUUACUUGUCCCUUCGUUCUGAGCCUCCCUUGCUACCUCCUCAGCGGCCCCGAGCCCUGACCGCGGCCCAGCGUUCUGCCCCAUCCCGUUUCCGCCCUUCUGUAGCGCGCCACGACCCCCCAGCUGCCGGGGCUUACUCUCGCCCCGACUCCCAGAGCUCUAUUUCCGGACACUCAGCCUUGCUCCGGCCGGGGGCCGGCCUGCUCACUUCCCCAUCCGCGGCCAGACUUUUCCCUUCCCACUCCCGGAGCCGUCUCUCUCUCCGGCGGCCCAGACGGAACCCCCCGAGGGCCGGAACCCCCCAGGGCCGGAACCCCCCGAGGGCCGGAACCCCCCGAGGGCCGGAACCCCGCCAGGGCCGUCUCACGCGGGGCCCGCCCUCGGUAGAGAGGUCGCCCCGGAGCCCCUUCUUGCCCGAGAAGGCCCCGGCGCAAGUGCAAGGGCUCCCCAGCUCAUUGCUGCCGAGGCUGUUACCUUCGGACCCCAUCGCCACAGCGUCCCUAGCAGGCCCCCCGGCCUCGGCUCCUCUCUCCCCGGGCCGUUCUACGGCCCCUCCCUUACCCUCCUCCCCCACUCAAUUAACGUCCAGCGGCUUCCCACAGCGUGGAGACUCAAGCACCUGGGGAGCCCGGGGCCCGUUCCCCUCUCCCGCCCCCACCCCGCAGGCCGUCUCCGGCCUCGGGACCCUCGGCCGAGCCGCGCCGGCGGCCCAGGAGCCCCUCGGGGUCCCCGCCUCGGAGGGAAAGCGGCGGGAGCUCGGGACGCGCCUUUCCAGACCCCUCCCCCCCACUCCCGAGGGCGCCGUGUUCACGCAGAUUUCAUAG